CAAUAUUCAGUUCUGAUCUGGAACUGACGUCUGCUCAGCUUGAUGACUAUCUCUGUUUACGGCCAGAGGAAAGGUAAUCUAGAAUCUGUUUCCGAUUCUGUGAUUUCCCAGAUUGUUCGUCUAUUUAACUUUUGAUAAAUAACGAUCAACAUUAAAAUAAAUUCACAGUAUUUUUUUUUUGCCGUUCCCUUAAAAUGAGCGUUGACAUGGCUGAAGAAGGACAAGAAGAAGAGAGCGUCGGUUACGGAGGGUGCGAAGGCCCAGAUGCAACGUACGUUAAGUUGAUUUCAAGUGAUGGUCACGAAUUCAUUGUUAAACGUGAUCAUGCCUUAAUGUCAGGUACUAUCAAAGCAAUGUUGAGUGGUCCUGGUCAAUUCGCCGAAAACGAAACCAAUGAAAUUCAUUUCAGAGAAAUACCUUCACAUGUUUUGCAAAAAGUCUGCAUGUACUUUACGUACAAAGCUCGUUACACCAACAGUUCUACGGAAAUACCAGAAUUCCCCAUUCCACCACAAAUCGCAUUGGAACUACUGAUGGCCGCCAACUUUUUAGAUUGUUAAUGUGCAAUAAUAUUACCAACAUGAUCAAUUUAAAUCUUUAAAGUAUGAUACAAUUCAUUAACUAUUUAAGUUGAUGUACAUUUUAUAUUAAUUUUUGUAUCGUCUUUAUUCUUAACACAAUUUAUAUCAAAGUAUACCUAUAUAUUGAAAUAUAACAUACCCUAAGUUAUAUUCAAAAUAUUUACAGCUUUUCAUCAAACAUAAUUAUUUUCUAUGUAGUGGCGUUAUUGAGAAUAUAAUAUAUGUAUUGUGCCCUUU